AUGUUCCGCCAGUCUGAGAAGUAUGCAAUCGCUACUGCCAAUGCGUUCGUCAUUGCCGCAUUGGUAAUAUUUGCACAGGGGUUUUUCCCCCACAAAGCAUCUCUGCCAGGAUUUGCCCAGUGGCCGGUCGGUUCGUCGGCCUCCAGCAGGGCAGCCCCAUUUGAUCGUGUCAUCUUUAUGGUGGUCGACGCUCUCAGAAGUGACUUUGUCUUCGGGAACUCAUCGGGUUUUCAAUUUACUCAGAGCCUUAUUCGAAAUGGAGCGGCAAUACCCUUCACUGGCCAUGCAAGUCCUCCGACAAUCACGAUGCCUCGGGUCAAGGCUAUCACCACCGGAUCCGUACCCAGCUUUGUGGACUUGGUACUGAACUUUGCUGAAUCAGACACAACCUCGACUCUGAAGGAUCAAGAUUCCUGGCUGGCUCAAAUCCGAGCCAAGGGUGGCAAAUUAGUAAUGUAUGGAGACGAUACUUGGCUACGGUUGUUCCCAGGAUUCUUUGAGCGAUCUGAUGGGACCACGAGUUUCUUCGUUUCCGACUUUACUGAAGUGGACAACAAUGUCACACGACAUAUCGACCCUGAAUUGGACAAAGAUGAUUGGUCUGCUAUGACCCUCCAUUUCCUCGGCUUGGACCAUAUUGGACACAAGACUGGUCCAAAAGGUCCUAACAUGCCUGAAAAACAAUCUGAAAUGGACGGCAUAAUCAAGGAUAUUUACACGGCCAUGGAGCGCAAGAGCCACCUUCAAUCUUGCGUGCUUGUACUUCUAGGUGACCACGGUAUGAACGAAGGUGGCAACCAUGGUGCUUCAUCUGCAGGCGAGGUCUCAACAGCUCUGACUUUUAUCAGCCCUAAAUUCAAGACAGCAUUUGAAGGUCAGACAAGCCCGAUCAUGGACGCUGUUGACUACCGCUUUUACGAUACUGUGCAACAAUCAGACAUCGCACCUACACUGGCUGCUCUUCUAGGCUUUCCAGUGCCUCAAAAUAAUCUAGGCAUCAUCAUUCCACGUUUGCUUGAACUCUGGACAGUGCAGACUGACAAGUAUGAGCUUCUUUACGAAAAUGCCGAGCAAAUCCACCAUAUAGCAGAAGCUACAUUUCCGAUCGACUUUAAGCAGGGUACUCUAUCAGAUGAUUGUUUCAACAAAGGUAGCGAUUCUGCGGCUCUCGCAUGUCUUUGGCAUCGAAUCUCAGCUACCCGCAGCACUUCUCAACCGGGGUCCCUGAGCCCCAACUCGAUUGUGGAUUUGAAAACAUUCCUCUACAAAGCCCAAGACGUACUGAGUGGUACUGCUAGCAAUUACGGGUUGACCAAUAUGCACAUCGGUAUAGCACUAGGGGCAGUUGGUCUUUUCUGCUGCCUUCCUACGUUCGUACCAGGUGUUUUCCAAGCCGGCAUGGACGGAUUGUUUCUCACAUUCGUGUUGAUAACUUACAUACUCACGAUGUUUGCAAGUAGCUACGUCGAGGAAGAGCAUCAGUUCUGGUAUUGGAUACUUGGAGGCUGGCUCAUGCUGCUCUAUGUCAAAGGUAGCAGAUUCUCGAGCAACGGAACAUUCUCCGGGAGGAGUGCAACAUUCCUCGCAUUCGCCUUACUUGGUGUCAUUCGAAGAUGGCGACAAACAGGCCAAAAAUACGCCGGCGACCCGGAUCUGAUCACCGAGCUCGUUAAGCCGAAUUCUUGGCUACUUUGGAUUCUGGUGACACUCACGUACGGGAUCCCAUCUAGCAAUCUUACCGUCAGGGCAGCCAAGUGGAUGGGAUCGCGACGGAUGGGUUUUCUGCCAGUCAUGGUCACGGUCUCGGCAUUUCUCUUCAAACUGGCGUUCACUGCUGCAGACGCCCCGGAACUCCUUCAGUCAUUCUCCAUCUUCAAUCCGAUGGUAGACUUCGUGGCCAAAUACGCACUCUUGAAACUCGCCCAAGUCGUCUUCCUCGGGUUGACGCAUCUCGGCGCAUGCUCAAUAUACUACGAAGCCCCAUGGCAAAGCGUGGAGCAUUUCAAAUCAUUCCUCGGUGCGUUUCAAGACAUCGUCACGAUAUUCAUGGCCACACAGUCUCGAACGGUCUUUGUUCCGCUGUUCUUAUUCUUCAACUUUCAACUCGCUUUACUUCGGAAAGCAAGAGCAUAUACAAUUGGGGAGGUCACAAUCCUAGCGCUACUACUGCAAUAUGCCUCGUUCUUCACACUGGGCGGCACAAACUCUAUCGCCACGGUGGACCUUUCAAAUGCAUACAAUGGGAUCAGUGGAUACAAUGUGGUUGCAGUCGGCAUUCUAACCUUCAUCAGCAACUGGAGCGGACCGAUAUGGUGGUCAUUCGGCGUUCUCCAAUUGCUGAGCGAUGCUGAUUUGAGGAAAGGACGUUGGUUCUUUCUGCUAACCAGCCUUACUACUUUUGCUUGUGUGCAUACUCUGGCCGUCAUGGUGGCUUGCACAAUGCUCCGAGAACACCUCUUCAUAUGGACUGUGUUUUCGCCGAAAUAUCUGUACACCGCUGCCUGGGUUGUUGGACAGCAUACAAUUGUUAAUUCAAUUGUGAUUGGCGGAUUGUUGUGGCAGAGUGGGACAAGGCUAUGA